CAGCCAGUGAUAGCUACUUCCGGAUGAAAGGCAGUCCUGAAGCCAGCAGCAAAGCCAGCCCCACAGCCACUGUCCCAGCAGCCUCCUUGCAACUCCCUAACAGCCCAGACCUGCAGGGCCUCCAGGACAGAGGUGCUCCAGAGGAAAAUUCAGGCCUUUGCUAUCCUCAUGUCAGUCAAACCCAGCUUGGGGCCUGGCCCCUCGCAGGGGCCCACCGUGGUGCCUGACAGUGACUUCAGAGAGAUCCACAACUGGACAGAACUGCUCGACUUCUUCAACCACACCUUGUCCGAGUGCCAUGUAGAGCUCAGUGAGGACACCAAGCGAGUGGUCCUCUUCGUCCUCUAUCUGGCCAUCUUUGUGCUUGGGCUGGUGGAGAACCUCCUGGUAAUCUGCGUCAACUGGCGCCACUCAGGCCGCGUGGGACUGCUGAACCUCUAUGUCCUCAACAUGGCUAUCGCGGACCUGGGCAUCAUCCUGUCUCUGCCUGUGUGGAUGCUGGAGGUCAUGCUAGACUACACCUGGCUCUGGGGUAGCUUCUCUUGCCGCUUCACUCAUUAUUUCUACUUUGCCAACAUGUACAGCAGCAUCUUCUUCCUGGUGUGCCUCAGCGUCGACCGCUACGUCACACUCACCAACGCAUCUCCUUACUGGCAGCACAACCAGCACCGAGUUCGGCGGGCCGUGUGUGCAGGUGUCUGGGUCCUCUCAGUCAUCAUCCCGUUGCCUGAGGUGGUCCACAUCCAGCUGGUGAAUGAUAUCGAGCCCAUGUGCCUCUUCAUGGCACCUUUUGAAACGUACAGCACGUGGGCCCUGGUGGUGACUCUAUCCACUACUGUACUGGGCUUCCUGCUGCCUUUCCCGCUCAUCGUGGUCUUCAAUGUGCUGACAGCUCGCCGGCUUCGGAAGCAGGGACAGGCUGAGGGCUGGCGCCACUGCUGGCUGUUGUGCGCCUACACAGCUGUCUUUGUCAUCUGCUGGGUGCCCUACCAUGUGACUCUGCUGCUGCUCAGUCUGCAGGGGACCCACAUCUCCCUCCACUGCUACCUGGCCUACGUGCUCUACUUCUUCUAUGACAUCAUUGACUGCUUCUCCAUGCUGCACUGUGUUGCCAACCCCAUCCUUUACAACUUUCUCAGCCCAAGCUUCCGUGAUCGGCUCCGGAGCACUGUGGUCCGUUACCUUCCAAAGGACCAGGCCAGGGCAGGCGCCCGGGCUUCUUCUUCCUCCUCCUCCACACAGCACUCCAUCAUCAUCACCAAGGAGGGCAGUAUGUCCAUUGCAGCAGGGCCCAUCCCCAUCCAAGCCUGAACUUCCAGCACCCUCUUUGCCUCGAAAUACCUCAUCUCCACGCUGCAAUUUCAUAGCCAGGUGAGGUAGAUUCUAGGUUCCUCCACUAGUAAAAUAAAAGGCUGGAGGGGAAGGUGAUAGACUGAGGGAUGGGGUGGAGAAAUGGGGGAGGUGGUCAGGAUGCUCAGGGCCGAUUUUAAGUAUAUUUCAAAAUACUGAGGUGGGAAGAUACAGAGGGAGUGAGGAGGGAUAAAGAGCAGGUCUUCUUUGGUGUUGCACUAUUUGUUUUGGUUCUGUGUACUAAGGGAGCCACGCAUGCACACUUCUGAAAAGUGAAAUAAAUAAGAGAUAUAGCCAUGGCUCUGGAUCUCUGAGAACUCUGCAUUACAGCUAGGUUUGGAAAAGGAGCUGAGGCUACAGGGAUGCUCUGCAAAGAAAGCUAGACAUACUCAUCUCAUAAAUCACCCUGGCCGGAAAAAAAACCGAGUUGCACAGGAACUUCACAAGACUUUCCUUUUUGUGUGUGUGCUUGUUGAUCUUCCAGCUCACUGUGCAGGUUGUGGGGACAAUAGGCCAGAGGCCAAGGAACCAGGAGGCCUCAGCAGGACAUUCCCCAGCUGUGCAUCCUCAGUGCCAUGAUAAGUAGAGGGGGCUGGGAAGCGGGAGUGAGGUGAAGCUGGUCUGAGACAGACACCCAGCAGCUGGGUCAGCAGGAUGGUUUCUCCACCCUUGACCACUCAGGAAACACAGCUCCAUUUCCUUGCUGAUAUCCUCCCCUCCCCCUUGUCCAUCCUGCCUCUCCUCCCCCAGAGCAGAUGCACUGUCUCAAAGCCCAUGCUCCUCACAGCAAGCCUCGCAGCUUUGGGUUUAGAACACUAUCUUCUAGGGCUGGGGAUUUAGCUCAGUGGCUCUGCCCCUGGCUUUGCAAGUGUGAGGUCUAGAGUUCGGUCCCCGGUACAAGGGGAAAAAACACUACCUUCUAGGGGAGUGAUGGCUAACCUUUUAGAGCUUUCAAUGAUAAUAAACAGUCAGCUGCAGCAUGCAUGUGCAUGGGGGGUGGUGCCAGUAACUUUGCCAUCACUGCUCUAGGGAGACACAGAGCUCCAUAUCUCUCGCUCUCCAGAUCACAGGAAAGUAUCGGGGGACAUCCAUUCCAGGAACACACCUUGGAAACACCAACAGCAGGAGCUGGUAGUUGUUGCAUCCCUUGGUCUUUGUCCCCUGUGCAGGGUUGGGGAAGGCCAAAGUGGAAAUUUCCCUGCUAUGUCUCAGGGCAGGGCUCUGGCACUAGUCACUUCUUCCUGGUCAUGUCUUUUCAUUAUUUUCCUGUCCAGCAGCUUACAUUUAUUCAUACUUGUUCUAGAGGUAAAGAUGUUCUUCUCAUUAGCAAGUAGAUCUUCCGGAAGACUCAUUUAUCAGUUUAUUAAGACCAUAAACAUGAAAAACUCUGCUGUAAAAGCCUAAGAACAGGUCCAAGAUUCCGCCUUUCACUUGUUUGUGGAGUGAAAACUUGCAGAUGAAAUCACUUAUCGCUUCACCGUCUCCUCGGUCCGGCUGAAGAGCAGUGUGCCGGAAUGUUUAACUUGGAAUAACAACUCAUAUCCCAGAGGGCGUGCCCUCUGCUCUUAUCUCAGCCUGCGCUCUCUGGGAACAUUUAAACACAUGCCCCAGUGGUGCACACGUCCAGGUUUGUCAGCAGUGCAGAGAGAAACCGUAUCUGCUAUCCACUGCUCACUGGGCCCAAACCUGAAAGGGUUUUAAACUACAACAGCUGCUCGGUGGCACAGAGCUGAAGGUUUUCCGACCCAGGAGCCUGAGGUGUGACUUGACAGGUACGGUAAGGGUUUAACCUAACAACACAGAAAUCACAUUAAAACUGUUCCCACUUAAAAAGCAACCCUAGAUCAGAUACUGGUAUCACUGCCUCCUCUGACCUAGGCUCUGGGAGCUUUCUGAAGGAAAUCCAACUUUACACCUGUCAUAACCCAGGAUGUCACAGGGGCCAUUUCCCGAGAACAGUGGUCAUCUUGGUGGUAUGAGUACUUCCUCAGGGCCCUUCCAUACAUGGAAGGGGACAGUGAGAAGCGGCUGUGCUGACUGCUAUAAGGUUGUUCUCCUCAGCAAACACUUGCUGAGCAGCAAUGAGAACAGGGCCUGGACCAUGUGCCCUGGGACCAAAUGCACCACAUCACCCCCUACCUGCUAGAGGUCCGUCUCCUCUGUGGAAGCAUAUUGGUACCAACCCCGUGCAACCUCUGCCUCCUCCCUGUUCCAAUCUUCCUUUCCCUUCCACUUUCCAUCUGCAACUCUCCACUAGAAAACACACUGCUUCACCAUGAAUUAAACAGUAAGGACAAGACAAUGUGUCUGGCCAAAUCUCUUACUUGGUCCAACUGGUUAUCAGCAGAGGCCCACAGCUCUCUCUGGGCCAAUGGAAGAUCCCCUGAGGGAUGCGCCCCUGAAAAAACUGUCUGACUUAAAUUCCCACUAAAACCAAUCCACAAGCUAAUCUUGGGGAAUUCCAGCUAUAGGAAAGGAAAAUGUGCUACAUGAAAGAAUUUUGGCAUCUGCUGAAACGUGCUACCGAAAGGGUGAUGAGCUCAGAUAUUUGGAACUCAAGAUGAGUAUGUUUACAGUAUACAGGAAAAGAACUCCCACUUCAAAUUUCUUUUUUUUUUUAUUAUU